GGAAAAACAACAACAAAAUAACAACUGACAUCAGUUGGGCAGUGGUAAUCUCGUGUACAUUUUUAAUUAUUUUUUAAAAGAACCAAGUGAAUUUGUAAAUCGCAGUGUUCAUAUUGUCAACAUAAUGUCAGCUAACAAGCGCAAAAAUUUAAAUGCAAUGGAAGAAGAUUUAGAAAGUGGUUCAGACUCUGAAACUUCCAGUGAUAAUGAAGAUGAUGGUCCCCAUCCAGAGGCAUAUACGGGAAAUGAGGAAGUGCAAAUAGACUUUGAAGGUCGAUCGCCGACAGAUCCCGAUUGUCAUGGAAUUUCACAAUUACUGCAAAGAGUAUUUCUAAAAGCUCACAUCAAUACUAUGCAAAUGGCUGAUAUGAUUAUAGCUCAAAAUUUCGUGGGUAGUGUCAUAUGCCAAUGUGAAGCCGAUGGAAUGGAAAGCGAUGCUGACGAUGAUAUGUGUGAAGAUGGCACCAUAUUCGGUAUAACCACAGCGCUUAACAUUACCGCCAAAAAAGAUGUCCCCUGCAUUGAACAAUUCCGAUCUUUCAUAGUUCAAAAAGCAGAAAAACACGCUCCUGAUGCAGUAUUAAAACAUUUUCGUGAUGUUUUAGGUAAUGAGGCUAGACCCAUUGGAUAUUUGAUAAACGAACGUUUUAUCAAUAUACCGGCACAAAUUUCUGUACCUCUCUUGGAAAAUCUGUAUAAAGAAAUUAAUGUAGCCAAGCAAAAAGGAAUGCCUUUUAAUUUCGUUUAUUUCCUUAUGGUUAUAAAAUUCUACCGCAAAGAAGCUAAAAAGGGUAAACCCAGAGAAGAUACCUACACUAAUGCCGAAGAGGAACUUAUUGCAGAGAAGGCUGUAAACUCUUUCGAAUAUUCUGUAGCGGAUGAAUGUGACAUGGGUAUGUCAGGUGAUUGGUUAGAAGGCGAUGCUACCCUGACCCCAUUUAGGAAGGUAGUUCUGUUUGACGCAAAAAAUUUGCCAGAGCUAAUAUUUGAUAUACAGAAAUAUGUUAAUGGUCAGUAGAAAUGUUGGAUUGCAUAGAAGAAAAGAGUGAUUACGAGAAUAUGAACAUCAUACGUAUAGAUUAUGUAUGAAGUUAGUUAUAUAAUUUUACUAUAUAAUUUUUAAUAAUUUUUAUAAAUUCGAUUUAAAAUAA